AUUAUUGACCCGUGAUCCGUCGAUUCGUGUGAGGUCAUUUUAUUCACAUAUCCAACUCAUUUCUCACCAAUUCCCAAGAUACCACCAUGUCUGCUCCCAACCCAAAAGCAUUCCCUUUGGCCGAUGCCGGAUUGACCAAUCAAAUCUUGGAUUUGAUUCAACAAGCAUCCCACUACAAGCAACUCAAAAAAGGUGCAAACGAAGCAACAAAGACUCUCAACAGAGGUAUUGCCGAAUUCAUCGUCAUGACAGCAGAUGUUGAACCGAUUGAAAUCGUUUUGCAUUUGCCUUUGCUUUGUGAAGACAAGAACGUUCCAUACGUUUUCGUUCCAUCAAAGACUGCCCUUGGCCGUGCUUGCGGUGUUUCACGUCCCGUCGUGGCCGCCAGUGUGACAACAAACGAAGCACGUGAAUUGCAAAGUCAAAUUCAAACUGUAAAGACAGCUAUUGAACGUUUAUUGAUUUGA